CUCUUCCCUCUCCACCCAUCCCCAUCCCCAUCCCCAUCCCCAUCCCCAUCCACCCUCAACUUCUUCUCGCAACCACCACCACACACACACACACACACACCAGCUAUCCUUCAACUCCAGCCUCAAUCGACCACCACAUCAAUAACACAUUGCAUUCCCACCACACACACUCACAAUGAAGGCUGCUUUCGCCCUCGCCGCCAUUGGCGCCACCCUGGCUGCCGCCCAGGCCAAUCUGCCCCAGUGCGGUCAGGUGUGCAUUGGAAACAUGUUGGGCUUGGCUCCUUCGUUAGGAUGCAACAGCAACGACGCUGCCUGCCUUUGCCGCAAUGCCAACUUCGGAUACGGUGUCCGUGAUUGCGCCAACGAGGCUUGCGCCAACGCCCAAGACGCCCAAUCCGUCAUCUCGUAUGGCACACAGUACUGCGCAAGCGCUCUUGGGGACAGCGCAUCUGCCUCGAGCGCAGCCGGUGCCUCUGUCUUGUCUAGUGCAGCUGGAACCGAGUCUGCUUCUGGCACUGCCAAUGGCACUGGGCAUGCUUCAAGUACUCCGAUUACCACCUCAGCUCUCACUGCUGUUGUAUCCUCCGACGGAUCUGUCUACACCACCACCACUGGAAUGACCACCAUCUACUCCGCCGGAGGAGGAGCCAUCGCCUCUGCUACCGGAAGUGCCGCCUCUGCAGCUAGCGCUGCAAGUGAAUCCGCAAACAGCGUUGCCAGCACUGCCAGCGAGGGUGCAAGCUCCGUCAUCAGCUCUGCUACCGAGGCUGCUGCUUCUGCUGCCAGCUCUGCCGCCAGCGCCGCAUCGAACGCUGCCGAAUCAGAAACAUCCUCUGCCUUUGCUCCAGCCAUCAUCACUGCCGCUCCAGCCCUCAUGGCUGGUGCCCUGGCUGUGCUCGUCCUUUGAAGUCAUUGCGCUGCAACCUUUUGGAGCUCCGCGAACUGGAGCGAAGCGAAUCGCUACGACUCACGAAUACACACAGCAAGUCGCCGCAGAUGAUCACGACGUUCUACAAUUGGAUUGGCGAUGAUACCAUUUCAGGCAUGAGCACUGAACAUAGCGUUUGCUUUAGUUUCACGCGUCAAUGACAUGACGAUUAUAAUGUAAUCUCUCUACAGCAGCAGUCUGGCUGAAAGAAUUGAAUAGCAAUAGAACUCCAAGCUUUGGCGUUUCCGCAUC